AUAUCCUUCCGCCUCCGCUAUACCGCCUCCUCUUGAUGGAAAUGAUUACAUGUAUGAAGUUCCUGGUCUGGCCUCUCAACGGGCCGAUGAUAAAGAGAUUGCAAAUCCGCUAUAUGGCAAAUAGAAUUACCAUCAUCUUAACAAGCAAUGUCUCUAAAUAUUUUCUGUUGCUGAAAUUGAACGCUGUCUCGCAUAAAAAUUCCACUUCAUUUCUGUACUAA